AUGUUACCAUCCAUUAUAUAUUUUUUCACAGAAGCUAGGAAGUUGACUAGAGCUAUCAAUAUAUAUAAGCACAUGAAGAACAGCAGGAACUUGGGUUGUAGGCCUUCAAUUAGAACUUAUAAUACUCUUUUUGCGGCAUUUUUGAGUAGGGGAAACAAUUCUUACAUUAACCAUGUGCAUAUGGACACCAUUAGAGGUCUGUUUAGGCAAAUGGUGAGUGAUGGAAUCGAACUUGAUAUAUUCUAUUUGAAUUCCAUGGUUAAGGGGUAUGUCCUUUCUCUUCAUGUUAACAAUGCACUUAGAAUAUUUCACCAGAUGGGUGUAGUCUAUAACUGCAUUCCAAACUCGUUUACCUAUGAUUAUCUGAUCCACGGAUUAUGUGCUCAAGGCAGGACGAACAAUGCUACAAAUUUAUGCAGUGAAAUGAAGAGUAAAGGCUUUAUUCCUAGUGGUAAAUCUUACAACUCACUUAUGAAUGCUUUGGCUCUUAGCGGAGAUGUUGAAGAGGCGAUUAAGUAUCUGUGGGAGAUGAUUGAAUAGUAGAGGUCGGCUAAUAUUAUAACAUAUAGAACAGUACUGGAUGAGGUAUGCAGAAGUGGUAGGAUCGAAGAUGUAAUGAAGCUGUUGAAGCAGUUCCAAGAGAAAGACCAAGUGGAUGGACAUUUGUAUAGGAGACUUCUACAUGUACUCGAAGAUGACUAUGGACAUUCAACUAACAAUAAUUAA